AAAAUGCGGCGGAAUCAUCAAUUUUGGAUGAAAACGGAACCGACGGCAUUGGUUCUGCUAGUCGUCUCAGCAAUAAGCGUCUCAGCGAUAAGGGUAGAUUGGAAUACAAACACCGGUCCAAUAGUUCCCCCAACUAGCACACCAGCCCCUGUACCUCAACCUCCAUUCCGUGAUCCUGCUCCAGUGUGGGAAGAUCAAUCCGAUGACAUCCCGAAUCCUAACCCUUACAGGUAUAUUCUCCCACCACCAUCGCGUCCUAAGUACAAUGACAUCACUCUGGAGCAGCGCAAACAAUCCCAACAACAGCAUCACCAGCAAGCCCAAACUAGUGCUCAACCGGCCGCGCCAGCAAACCCAACACAGAGCUCCACAACGGCCGCCCCGACAGGAAAGAUCAUUGAUAAGCCACAGCAACCCAACCACCAGCCAGCUUCCGGAGCGAACAGUCAGCCACCGCAGCAGCAACCACCACAACACGUCGUGCCAAGUCUGGCGGUGCAGUACGUGCCAAACAAAGGUCUCAAGUAUUAUGCCGUCGUACCGAAGCACACGGAAGUGACGUACGGUUCUGCCAAGCAGGCCCUGCUAGCUACCAACGAUCUCUACAACGACCAGCAGCAAGCACAGAGCAAGUACGAUAAGUACGAUAAGCUCAACGGAAAGUACAAUCCCAAGCUGAAGAAGUACAAGGCUUACGAGAAGGUUAAAUACAUGCCGUACAUUGUGUAUUACGAUGCCACCAAGCAGCAGUUUUACUACACCAGUGUUCCUUCAACGAUGGUCAUAAAUAAUAGUCUGUAAUGUAAACGAUGGCGAGGGCGGCAA